AUGGAGGCGGAGCUGCUGGUCGCCCUCGAGCAACUGGAAGCGGUCGAGGCCGCGCUGCUGACGCACCCGGCCGACGCUGACCUGCUGCGGGCCAAGGCAGAACUCACCGAAUUGCUCACCCUCUCCUCCCUCCUUCAUGCACCCACCGCCAAUCUGGUCGAUGCUGGUGCUGAAGAUGGAGAUGGCGACAAGGGGGGUGCCGACAUGUUCGGUGGCAACGACGACGAAUGGGAACGCACGCACAAGCGCGAGUUCGAACUUCACACCGAACGACAGAAGCAAGCCUUCAGCACUUCAUCAUCCUCUACCUCAGCCUCAUCAGUAACAACUUCAUCUUCAUCAUCUUCAACAAAGCGCAGCGGCGAAGGCGACGACGUAGAGGGCGAGCAGGCCGGCUGGCUGGCGUGUCGCGUAGUAGUGACCGAGAGCUUG